GUACAAACUAAGAUACCAGACUUUCAAUAACCUUUAUUGACUUCCUGUUAGUUUAAACUACAUUUUUUGACAUAAAUAUGUAUUCGACAAAGCCGAUAGUAAGUAAUAUUAAAAUCGAGGACAAUUCUUCGCCUAUGUAUGAAGUUAAACCAUUUGUCUGCUUUUCGAACGGCGGAGAACAGAAUAAAGAUAUUUUAUUAGAAUUAGAGAAGAGACAAACAAGACUACUUGAAAGAAUUGAUAAAUUAAGAAUCGAUUUAGAUACAAUCUGUCCCCAAGUUCCAUGUUUAGGUGGGAAUUGCGAGGACCACGUGAUAUCUGUGAAUCCAAAUGAUCCUCCUUUUUCAAUUUUUGUUUUGGCUAACCUCCUUAGUUCUUAUCAUAAUGUCCGAGUAAGCAGUCACGUUCACUCAUCAAUCACACACGUCCCGAAAGCGUAUCUUUUGUCAUCUUACGUUGGUUGUACAUCCUUCUCUCGAAAUGGUUUCAGCAUGGGUCUUACAUUCAUAUGGAAAGACGUGAAGAAACCGUCACUUUUCGUUUCUGGUACAAGAAUAGAAGGUGAGGGCAACAUUGCCAGAUAUUUGAACAGUCUCAUAGCAGCAGAAAAAGAUAUUGUUACUCAAACAAAAAUUGAUGAUUUAAUUGAAGAUGUUGAAUGGCGAGGUGUGGUUUCCAUUGAAAAUGGUAACUCCGAAUUUCUUUUAGGUGACAAACCCUGCUUGGCUGAUAUUGUUGCAUGGUCGAUUCUUGUAAGACAAAAUAGAAAAUCUCCUAAAAUCGACGAAUGGAUGAAAAGAACAAUGAAAUACGUAUAUGAAAAAAUAGCUGGUCAAAUUAGUGUGGAAGAAUUAGUGGAAGGAUGAAGUUAUUUAUUUUUAAUAAACAAACUCAAAUCAUUGAAACGUCAAUUUAACGUUUGAAAAGGUUAGGCAAAUAAACUAUUUUGAAUAAAAUAACCUUGCGAGUUUUCUA